CUCCCGUCCGGCAAAUAUUUUAUCUACAGGCGGACCCGCAAAGCAAUACCGAGAAAAGUCUGACUCCCUUUUUUCUUUGCUCCCUCGGUGCACUUAUUGUUGUGCUUGUACAUGACCGACCAUGUCUACUGUUGAGUCUGAAGAAUGGUUGGCUGAGGACAAAGGCACGGCAAUCCUCGUUACCUGCUGGAUUGCUACCAGUAUCAGCUCCUUGUUCGUGUUGUCGAGAGUCUAUGUCAAUGGCUUCAUGAAGCAGAAACUUCGCAGCGAUGAUUGGUUCAUCAUCAUCGGACAGUUUUGCGGUUAUUUGGCAGUUGCAUUCGCCACCGUGGCCGUCAUAAACGGCAACGGCCGGCACAUGGCGGCACUGACGGAGAAGCAACAAUCCGGAGCGAUCCUGUGGACGACGGUAGGCUUCGUCCCAGGACUGCUCUCCUUUGGUCUGCCCAAGCUGGCCGUCGUGUCGCUUCUCACGCGCCUGCUCAACCCUAAGCGGUUCCACAAGUGGUUCCUCUGGUGGCUGGGACUCUGGUGUCUCGCGUCAGUCAUCGUCACAGGUAUUUUGUUGUUGGCCCGGUGCAAUCCCGCACAGUCGCUCUGGGACUUUUCGAUAAAGGGCACCUGUUUUGACGUGAUGUAUCUCGUUGACUUUGGGUUGUAUGCUGGAUCAUUCUCUGCGUUUGUCGAUGUCUAUCUUGCUGUUUACCCUGCAGUUGUUCUGUUCAACCUUCAGCUGUCGCUCAAGAAGAAGCUGGCGCUUUCCAGUGCGCUGGGUAUCGGAUCAGUCUCCGGCAUCGUUGCCAUCUACAAAACAACACGAGUACCCACCAUUGCAAGCGCUGACUUUUCCUACGACACAUCAGACCUGGUGGUCUGGACCAUAAUCGAAGGCAGCACCAUCAUAAUCGCAGCCUCCAUCCCCGUCCUGCAGCCCCUGCUCGAGGUCAUCCUGAAGCGGAACCCCUUCUCGUCCAACAACCGCUCCAAGCGGGACAACCCAUCCUCGGGCUACAACAACCUGUCCGGAUCGAGAGGCUACCGCUUCGAGAUGAGCGACCGGAGCAGACAGCAGUCCAAGAAGCAGCGCGACGAGCUGGGCUUCACCGUCGUCGACGACGCAAACAGCCAGGAGGAGAUACUCAGCCCCCGAGACAAGCCCACCACCACCACGACAAUGUCGUACGUGGCGGGUGCGUCGCCGGCGCCUCCAUCGAGGGGCAAUGACCCGGAGGGAAAGGACGCUGGCGGUGGUGUUGUGGCGAAUGGGGGAAUUAUGAGGACGGAUGUGGUUGAUGUUUCUUACCAUUCGAGGUGACGAAAGGCAAAUCUGCUUUUUUUUUUCUCUUUUAUGGUCUUUUUUUGGGGAUAAAUACACCAAAAAAGAAGUUGGGUUUCAUACGAACGGAUAUGGGAAGGCUUGGGACUAUGAACAUUCUGGUUAAAAGGAUCAAGGGUCAUGUAACAACAAGAAGAAAUUCUGUACAAACAGAUCUAGGGCUAAUCGACACACUUCUUUGUAUAGUUUCCUGAGCUUUUGUACUUUGGAGGGGGAAGUGUUGAUAGUUGAUUCUUGGUCCUCGCAGUAAAGUCGUC